GAUGGGAAUUUGGUCGAUCGCGUAAGAAUUUUGUUACAACGGGAUAUGGAAUAUUACCAGCGCGUAGAUUACAUCCAUGGUUUCCGAGCGGCGUAAAACGAUACAUCGAAAGCGCGUUGUUUCGAAAUUACUCCGUUUGCCGUGUAGCACGACGUGAUUUAAUUACAAGGAAGGAUUGAUUUAUCGGCCUUGUUCUCGAAACUAGAGAAUCGCUGCACGUUAUAUACGCAUAGAUACAUAUGCAAAUCGAGUAAUUCAUUUAUUUGUCAUUAUCACAUGUCAUUAUUUCGCACAACAGGCGUGCACGACAUUAAUUUUAAAUCAAAAUGAGAUGCAAACUGUUUUGAGAGAACCCCUCUGUAUACGCAUCAGUGGCGGAAGACUAGAUUUUCCACGGCAUGCCUCGUUUGCCGCGAUUAAGAUCGUUACAUGGUGGGAAGCGGACUUUAUGGCCGCUUUUAAGCGGCCUUCCGGUUUGAGUUCCUCCGGGAAUGAAAGCUUGUCCAGUGUCGAUAGCGAAGAUGGUGUCAUUAAACGGAUCCAGCCAUCCGAUUUUAUCAUGCUUGUUGUUGACACCGCUGAGCAACUGUUAGAACAUCUACACAUGUUGAUCCAAGAAUCUUUGGAUCACGCUGAUCUUACUGUGCUCACCGCUACUCUAGGUGCGGCGGCAUUGAUACGUAAUUGCUUAUGGUGUUAUAAUCAGCACGCAAAAGGAACAAUCUCUUCUCAGUCAAGCGAAAAAAUUAAUAAGUCUCAUAAAGCGUUCCACGAAAUGGCCGAAGCUGUAGCAGAGAGAUUGCUCGAUCUGCACUGUCGAUUAAUUUCCUUAUACAUUCUUAAUGAGGCGGAUUCUCUCAGUUGGCACAGCAACAAACCAUUCUUCGAAAGAGAGCGAUGCUCUUAUGUUAUACAAAUGUGGUGGCUGUACAUGCAAGGUACUAAGGCGGAUUUAUGGAACACAGUAUCGCCUAAGAUGGCACAGCGCGUAUUUUCAGAGAUGCUAAAUGAGUCUCUGUCUAUCAUAACUACGCGAUUCAUUCACGGACGACCGACACUGGCACGAUUCGAACAAUUUUGGUCGGAUGCCUUUAAUGCACUUUGCUGUACGGGCUAUCUCGCUUUAGGCGCAUGUGUUGAUAGUGAUGGAAUGAUUGGUGUACGUCCGAAUAAUUUGCCGACAGCAAUAAGAGAUAUACACGCAAAAUGUAAUGAACUGUUAAUCUGCUUGCUACUUAGAGGCACUCCUCUUAAAGAAUUGUAUCAGGUUUUCCGACAUGGAUUGGAAAAUUUGGCGAUAUUGCGUCCUCGACGAGGUCCUGCACCUUGGCUAUUGAUAUGCGCUCCAAAUUUAUUAGGAUUAGAUGCAAUUAAUUCUCCAGCUGACAUUAUAACAUUAUCCGAGGAUAAAGCUGUCAUUCUUGAGUUGAAUGUUUUAAGACAUCAGCCUCAACCUAACUGGCCUCAAUUGAUGAAGGUGAUAUCGAUGAGUAAUUACGUUGUGGCAAAGAUGUUGCUGAAGACCUUAGUACGUCAAAACGUAGGCGUUACGUGCGUAGACGACAGUGACGCAGCUGAAAAAUCGAAGACAGGCGAAAGAAGUUGUAGCGGCUUUUUAUGCAGUAAUUCGGCGUGUGACAAAACGCUAAAAAUAACUUCGGCUCUGGUAUUAUACAGCUUAUUUCACAUAUUGGUGGUAACUGUUAACGAACCGGAGCACGUAAUUAUACCAGCACUGAAGCAAGAUCCGAAUUGGUCCAAUUAUUUGGACAGACAGCAGGUCUGGAAUCAAUCGCGGCCACCUUGGCUCAAUGCGCUGAUAAAGCCGUUGAAGAUCAUGAUGCAGCCUGUGACUGAAGCUCUUUUAGAAGCCGCGAAAACAGGUGCCAGUAUAUAUCAAGCCAUGUCCCUUGCGAUUGGCUGUUUCGCCGAGUUGUACGUGACCUCCUCGACUCCAGUUUUACGUGCCGCGUUCGCGUUAAACGACAACAUCCCAGCGCACUGUCGGCCGAUCGGUGGCAACGUGUUGCUCCAGGUAUUAUGCGCUGCUCUAUAUUCCACCCUCCUGGAUAUGUCUGCAAAGAGCAAGAACGAGCCCCAUGAUACACCGAGUUCCGGAGACACGUACUGCGAGCUGAGUCCCUUCAAUCCAUACGAUAGAUCUACCGCCGCAACGGCACUUGCUGAAGCAAUUUGCAGCAUCGACGAGGACAAUAAACAUACAUCGCAGAUAGACUCCUUCUUGCUUCUUGUAAAAGAUAGCCUUAGAAGAGAACAUCAGAAUCCGAGAAAUGGUGAAUUACAAAACAUGGCUUGCGUCAUCGAGACUUACACGGACGAAUUGUUAUUCACGAAUAUCGGACGACGUUCUUUAAAAAUUGCAUACGAAUAUCUAGUUCGAGCGUCCGACUGGGUAUUAAGUAAUUUACGUCGCAGCGAGGAAAGCAGGCAGGUAGAUUUGAUUAAUCUACCUGAAGUCUCGCCCAUCGUGAAACCUCUCACACAUAUAAUGUUUCAUAUUGAGGACACAUGGUUUGAUCAAUUUAUGACUAAUUACGAGGCAACAAAUUGGUCAAGGAUAUUAACAAUGCCUCUAUCGAUUACUUUGGAGCGUGUACGAAGUCAAGUUCUCCUAAGACCGGAAUUUAAAAACAUUGGAGAUCUGAGCCAUGAAGAUAAAGAAGUGGCGCAAUCUAUCAAAAGGAUUUGCUCGUUCGUCAGGUCAGCACGUUUUAAAUAAGUCAUCUGCACACGUAGCGAGUAAUAUCUCUCUCGUAAUUUAUUCAAUAUGCUUGAAUUUUAACCCUGUAAUUAAUAUGUAGAUAUGUCUACCGAAUAAAACAGAUCUUCGAAAUAAUACAGAAAGAUGCUUUUUCCUAUGAUACUUUUUUUACGUUUACAGUUGCUUUUGAUAAGAUGUUUUGCAGUAAAGUGUAGGUUGCAUCUUUUGCAUUUUAUAUAAUGCAUCUGAAAGUAAAUAGUCGUCAAUUUCCUCUCGUGAAAAAGUUCAUGCGAAUUACUUCUUUAGUAUCGAAAGUUUUCUAUUCCAAUUUUAUUAAGGUCUAUUUUUUGAAAGUUUUAUCGGACUUUUAAUCUGCCUGGAAGAUGAGAAAAUCCUUUUAGCGACAUGAAUUAAGCGUUUUCUCGUUCUUUCCUAAUUCUUUCCCCUUUAUUUAGAUUAGCUGCCACCAUAAACGUCAAAACUUUACUACGUCGAAGAGAGUCUAACUUCUAUUAUUUCAUUAAUAUAACUAAUGCAAUUAUAUGUUACCAGUAAUUUCAUUCGUAGAUGCAUUCACGGAGUAAUAUUUGCGGAAAACAUUCUGCCGCGGGACUUACAUGGGAAAUCAAGAAUUUUGUAGAACACAUUUGCUUCAGAGGAAUAAAUGUGACACAGUGUUACAUAAUAAUUUAUUUUUAAUUUUGUAAAUUGACAUAUCGAUAUAUUUGAGACGCGACCCUCUUUCUGUGGCGAAUAUAAUUAAUAUUGGAUAAUAUAGUUUGCGCAUUUUGCAUCAAAGUUUCAAUCGAUCCCCAUUACGCAUGAAAUUGUUAAAUUGUUACAGCCUCUUCUAUAUAUACGUCAUAGAGAUAAUGCAGAUCUUUUUUUCUUUUUAUAAUACAACCAUCAUAUUAUUUGGCACAUUUAUCGUGAGACUACGCCUAUUAAUCGAUCGAUGGACCAACAGGCCAGCUGUUGAAAAUUAUACGAUGUCCCAGAAUUAUGAAACAAUCUUCCAGGUCAGAUUUACUAUUUUCUCUUUGUCUUUUCAAAGAAAUAUUUAGUGAAGAUC